AACAGCUUCUAUUCCCCUGAUUGCGCUCCUUGCUCUUCCAACUCUUUGCGAGGUCCUGCGUCCUGACUCAUUUUUGUCACUGAUGAUCUCGCAUCUGCGUGUACUAGACAAUCCCCCACUGCUGCUGCUGCUUUUUUUUCUACUUUUCGAUAAUAACACAUAGAAUCUUCCGCUGAAGCCCAUGCAUGCUGUCCUUUUCCCAAUCGUCGCUGUUUCAACGCGGCCGCAAGGACCGGAAAGUCGCCGCCAGCAACCACGACAAUGAGAUUUUAGCACGGGGCGGGCGUGAUCCCCGGGACCAAAAGUCCUCCCACAACAUGCCCGCUCCGCCUCCUCCGCCGGACAACGAUCGACCAACCUCACAACACCUGCUACCCGACAUCCACGAGGAUGCAACCCAGCCCUUCUCGUCUCUGUUCGGCCCCUCGUUCGACAGGGCCAGGGUCGAGUCGACCGCACAGCUCGCCGACAGCAGCAUCUUCAUCACGUCGACGGGCAGCCGUUUCCGCCUCGAGCGCAUCGACGCAGAGCCCGCCCCCAAGACGCCGCAGCAGCAACUCUCGGCGAGCUGGGGUUCGAGUCGGCAGUCGGAAUUGCAAGCGCGGCCGGCGCAUAGAUCGACGCCACCAACCGUCGCACAGUCCCUCCCCGCCGAUUCCCCGCUUCGCCCGCCGCAUGCAUCAUCCCCAACAUCGACCACAUCCACAGCCGCAGCAUCGCCGAUGCAUAGAAGUACGGUUUCACAGUUCACUGGGUCUAUAUCAGGGGGCGAGGUGUUUAGACCGGAUAGCGCAGGCGUCGACAUUGCAACAGAUGGGAUGGGGUCAUUGAGCUUGGGCGAGGAUGGGUUCGGAGCUACGGCUUUAUUUACACAUUCUGAUGGCGGCGCACAGGCUGCCGAGAUCCUGACCGACUCGCACUCGGCUGAGAGGUUGGCUACCGGAGGAGGUUAUGUUAGCGACUUGGACUCGCAGCCAUUAUCACCACCCGACUUGGAGUUUACAGACUACGCAAGGGUUUGCAGCACCUCAUAUUUUGGAGAGAGCAGCUCGUCGCGGUCACAUGAAGACUAUUUAACCAGGUCGUUUACGCACCCGGACUCGUUCUCACCACCCGCCUAUGCGCCAUCGCAAAUCCCGGGGUUCCAGCCACCCGGAGAAAAGGCACCCGCUUCGGCACGGAGCUCGUCAUUGCCUUCCCUAAUGGAGCAAUCUAGUCCCGUUGCACUAGGGAUAGGGACUCCGCAAGCACCUACGACGAUACCUACCUCACCACUUUCAACAGCGACCAGCGUUGGUGCAGGGUCGAUUGCGCCGCUUUCCAGUGAUCCCGACGAAGUGGGCGGUUACUUUUACGAUACACAAACGCCUAUAGUGGUAGCCCCUGACGAUCCUCCACCUCCAGUGCUUGCUCGUUCGAGCACAGCGCGGUCGGCGCAAACCCCGCCGGAAAGCCUAAACGCGACGCGGGAUAAUGUGUUACCGGGGGAGGACGUAUUGUAUGAUGGCGCCGUCAAGACCGCACAAACCCUGGCCGGACCAUUCGAAACCGGCCAUCUGAAAGUAUUCAGGAAUAACCUGAACCAUGACCUCAGGUUCCAUUGCAAAGUAGGCAAUAACACCGAGAUACACUGGAUGAAGGGCAUCAAGGCAAAGAUGGUCCCGUUUUACGCAUACGACCAGCGCUCCGGAAACAUUGUCAUGAUCCGUGACGGUGACGAGAGGAGUAAACGCCAGAAUUCCAUAGCGUCGCAGGCCGCGGCCUAUAGCAGCGCGGCCAGCGCUAUUUACAGGUUCGACGCGCUCCACGACCUGUUCAAGUUCCAGUCCCAAUUGACGGGCGAGUCGGUGGUUUUGGACAUAUCGUCAGUCAAGUGGAUCCGGCUGGCGCGCGCAAACAGUCGAUCGGUUGAGAUGUACAGCUCGGUGCGGUUGCAGAUCUGGCAUGAGCCGCGGACGCGGCGGGCGGCGCAGAGCGACGUUGCUUCCUUUGUCACGGCCGGCACAGCGCUAUCCGGACCUCUCAGAGACAGGACGACGCCAAGCUCUUCUCGACUAAUGGUAUUCCUUGGCCGGGCGGAGGAGUACAUCACAGCCUUCAUCACGGACGACGUUGAGAUGGAGCCGAGGGGCCACACAUCCGCCAGGCUGAAGCCGAGAAAAUACGGAGGAAUACAUAAACGGAACUCGAGGCCAGGUAUAAGAGCUCGACUUGAACAGAAAACAGGUAGCGACGUGGCCAGCCUUGAUAUACAUGGAGAGCCGUACAACCCAGACGUUGAGCAAGGAUUUGAGCUAUAUAAGACGUUCGAGAUCGAAUUCGAGACCGAGCCGAGCCAGGUCAAUUUCUGCUCCGCCUGGGCCGAGGUGAUUCAAGAACGGCGGGCUCAGCGGGAGAGGCUGCGCAAGAUCCAAGAGGACAUGCGCAAGGAGACUUUUUCGCCUAGGGAGGCGUUAUCUAUCCUAACAUGAAUGAAUUGGUUGGAGCUCUGGCGCGCUGGGUUUCUUUUGUUCUAUGCUCUAUUAUAUUGGCUUUUUUUCCUUCUUUCUAUUUUCUAAACUUCUUCAUCCGUGUAGGCUUUUGAAGUGGGUUGCACGGUCUGGAAUAUUUCAGGAGCACAGCGGGGGGUCAUAUUUUUCUCGGAGUUGAUGUUUGGGGGCACAGGCAUAUUCCUGCUUGGUAUGUUAUGUCAAGAAAAAAAAUAGUACUGAUUUUCUUAUUUCACUUUAGGAGUUCCUACUAGUUCUAGUGCUAGUGAUAGUCAUUAAAAGGAAAUACUGACGUAUUUUUGACUUCAUAUGCUUGAUAUCUUGGGUUCUUCUGCAGUGAUGUAAAGAAGCCUAAACCUAAACAAUCGACCGGUAAAGGCACAUUGUCUCAGCCGCUCGAUGUUUGUGACAAUGGUGCAGUAUCCGCUAUGCGCUCGGUAGUGAAACAGGCGGCUGUUGUGCGGGAUUGGGGAAAAUUAAAAGGGCACUGCCGCUGGGCGGAGGCAGGGCUGAGGGCAUGAGCAUCCACUAUUCCACUUUGCUGUCUCGGGAGGUAGAAUAGUACAAAACAGCAACUUGACACCUCAAAAAGAGCUAGCUGUGUGUGUGCACCCAAAGGGGGAUGUUUUGUUUUGUAUAUUCG